AUGUCACGGCCACGGGCUCUAUCGGGCGCUGAUGCUCCGAAGGAACCACAUUCGGUCUCUCUCAAAGUGUUGCGCCUUGCGCGACCGUCACUUUCUUAUCAGCAUCCCCUCCCAACGUCUAACACCAUAAUCUCCUCGAAAGCGUCAUUAAGCUAUCCGUCCGGCGACUCCGAUGAUCAAUUCAUAUUAACGCCUCUUCUUACUCUGCCUCCGUCCUUCGGAGCCGUUUACGUCGGAGAAACCUUCGGAUGCACACUCAGCGCGAACAAUGAGUUUCAUGAUGAUGACAACGACAGACUCCUCACAUCGGUGCGCAUAGUAGCGGAAAUGCAAACACCUUCGUCGGUCACGGCACUGGAGUUAGAGCCACCCAAUGACUCUGCAUCAACAGACGGGCUCAAGAUCGGCGAGUCAUUACAAAAGAUUGUACGGUUUGAUCUGAAAGAAGAAGGAAAUCAUAUUCUAGCUGUCAGUGUCAGCUAUACGGAGACAAAGAUCGGUUCAGACUCGCAGGCGGCUAGUGGCCGGGUCAGGACCUUCCGAAAGUUAUACCAAUUUGUGGCACAACCAUGCUUGAGCGUUCGGACCAAGGCGUCCGAACUUCCGCCGCUCGAGGUAAAUAAUAAGUCACUUGGUCCAUACGGGAAAACGAGGCUACUCCGGUUUGCCCUAGAGGCACAACUGGAAAACGUGGGUGAGGGCGCGGUGGUAGUCAAGCAAACGAAACUAAAUCCCAAGCCACCGUUCCAAUCCAAAUCCAUAAAUUGGGACACCAUGAACCCGGGCAUGUCACCCGCGACACUGCCUACACUCAAUCCACGGGAUGUCCUACAGGUAGCGUUUUUGGUCGAACAAGAAGAGGGCCAGAGCGAGGGACUUGAGACACUCCAGAAGGACCUGCGACGGGACGGUCGUGCCACGCUGGGUCAGUUGUCAAUUGAAUGGCGCGGUGCUAUGGGAGACAAGGGGUUCCUGACGACGGGCAACCUGAUGAGCCGGAAACGCACCUGA